GGUGACUCAGCUUUUUGCUCACUUCACGCCAAUCAUACAGUUCUACUGCACUGGAUCCAAUCCUUUACCAGUCAGAUAAUCAGGAACAACAGGGACACCAUAGCAACUUCCUUGAAUCGGCAUCUUAAUAGAAGUACCACUAAAUGACGGAUGACUCUGGAUCCGCAGCAAGCAGCAUGAAAUCGGCAAGUCGCAGUGAUGCAUCUAGAAAACCAAAGCUGUUUCGAUGUACAGGGUUUGGAAAUUGUGACAUGGUGUUUACGCGAAGCGAGCACCUUGCUCGUCAUGCGAGAAAACACACUGGAGAGAAACCAUUCCAAUGUGUUGUGCCUGGAUGCGGUAGAAUGUUCAGUCGCUUCGAUAACAUGAUGCAACACACGCAAACUCAUAGUAACGGAAAGGCUGUACGUCGAAAUAAACCCAAAAGCAAAAAAAGUAGCACCAAAAGAGACUCUACCAGCAGCAACAGCACCGCCUCUAGUUUGCAUAAGCGCAGUAUUUCACGAUCCUCAUUGAAUUCUUCUCCUGAAAUGUCAUCUGACGACUCUGAAUAUAUGCCGUACAAGCGACAAAGGGCUGAUUCCGCUCCCCGUCGAGAGAGUGGCGGUACGCAACGCUCACGUUCUUCUAUGGAUGAAAUUGCCAACUGCCUCCCUCCUCCGUCCUACAUAACACACGAAACCAUUCCGCCUGUUGAACGUCUUAUCGGUUCAUGGAAAUCAAGAACGGAAUAUGAUGUUACUCCAUCACCAACUCUUGCACCAUUGUCACCGCCAUUGUCAAACGAGUCACCGAUAGGGUACAUUGCUUUGCGUUCCUGGAAAUUACCAGUUGGUUCUUGGCGUAGGAAGUCCAUUAGUGACCAUCACCGACCACUAUCCCCGCUCUCACCCAAUGAUACCGACUUUGGUAUCUUACCCAAGUUGGCUACCUAUCUUGUAAAAAAUCCAGACAAAACACCUGAAAGUUUCUAUAGACGGCAUCAUUCUUAUGAUUCUGCACUUUCUAAACUUGAGUAUCAGAAACAGCGAAAUGCAAAUCAAACGAGACGGUUAUCGGUAGCUGAUUUGUGCAACCCAAUUGAGUCUCUUUGCCAAGACAUAGAGAGCAGCAAUCAGGAAUCUGAAGAGAGGACCAUUACUCUGACAGAGGAUGAGUUUGAAGCGCUUCAAGGAAUUGGUCGUUUCAGAGUUGGAAUGGUCAGUCAAGAACGUCAUUCUAUAAAUUCAAUGGUCUAAAAAGUUUAGUCAGAAUACUCUAUAUUGUAAUAACACUCAUCAUGAAUUCUCCCACUUUAAAUACUGCAUAUUGAUCAUAGUAAAAUAAAAAUUAAUACAUUUUGAUGUAGCAGAACAAAGCGUUUGCUUUUACUAAUUGGGAGAUCUAUUGAAUAUUCCAGAUGCC